ACACGAGGUGGAUGGGCAAUCUUCCUGCUCAUGAUACGAAGGAGCAAUGGAACGACGCAGAAGGGAAGGGAAGAAGUAGGAGGCAGGACAGAGGCCAGGAAAGGCAGAGAGGGGGGGAGGAGAAGAGGAGAGAAGAGAGAGAGAGAGGAGAGAAGAGAGGAAGAGAGAGAGAGAGGAGAGAGAGAGAGAGAGAGAGAGAAGAGGAAGAGAAGAGAGAGAGAGAGAGAGAAGAGAGAGAGAAGUUCCGUUCUGGUCCCUGCAGCGGCGCUCGCGAGAGCGAGAGAGAGAGAGAGAGAGAGAGAGAGAGAGAGAGAGAGAAGAGAGAGAGAAGGAGAGAGAGAAGAGAGGAAAGAGAGAAGAGAGAGAGAGAGAGAGAAGAGUUGAGUUCUUCAUCCGGUCCCUGCAGCGGCGCUCGAGAGAGCGAGGAGAGAGAGAGAAGAGAGAGAGAGAGAGAAGAGAGAGAGAGAAGAGAGAGAGAGAGAGAGAGAGAGAGAGAGAGAGAGAGAGAGAGAGGAGAGAGAGAGAGAGAGAGAGAGAAGAGAGCCCAUGAGAGAGAGAGAGAGAAAGAGAGAGAGAGAGAGAGAGAGAGAGAGAGAGAGAGAGAGAGAGAGAGAGAGAGAGAGAGAGAGAGAGAGAGAGAGAGAGAGAGAGAGAGAGAGAGAGAGAGAGAGCAUAAGAUAAAGAGAGAGAAAGACCAUAAGAGAAAGAGAGAGAGAGAGAAAGAGAGAAAGAGAGAGAGAGAAGAGAGAGAGAGAGAGAGAGAGAGAGAGAGAGAGAGAGAGAGAGAGAGAGAGAGAGAGAGAGAGAGAGAGCAAAGAAAGGGAGAGAGAGAGAGAGAGAGAGAGAGAGAGAGAGAGAGAGAGAGAGAGAGAGAGAGAGAGAGAGAGAGAGAGAGAGAGAGAGAGAGUCCACUUAACGUGGUGGAGCAGCGCCACAAAUGUCGCCUCAUUCUUGACUUGCGCAAAGUCAACAACUACCUCGACAUCCCCAAGUUCAAGUACGAAGGCUUGAACAGGGUAGCCGAACUCAUCCGCCCAGGCGAUUGGAUGUUCUCCAUCGACCUAAAGUCAGGCUACCACCAUGUCGAGAUCCACCCCUCCUGCUGGAAGUUCUUGGGAUUUCGGUUCGAAGGAGACUACUAUUCCUUCAUAUCGCUCCCGUUCGGGCUUGCCACUGCCCCAUUCGUCUUCACACAACUGAUCAAACAACUGGCAAAGCGAUGGCGGGCAAGCGGCGUGCGGGUUGUUCCAUAUGUCGACGACUUACUAUUCCUCUACAACUCCCACUCGGAUGCACGCUCGACCUGCGCAGCUGUGGUUCAGGACCUGAAGGCAGCAGGUUUUGUUAUAAACGGCAAAAAGUCACAUCUACACCCCUCACGCCAGAUAACUUUCCUCGGCUUGGAGAUUGAUGCCGCCCAAGGCACCUUCUCCGUCGGACUCGAACGCGAUCAGACGCCCGAUCUUUCAGUUUCUGAAUAAUCAGAGGUUUUAGAGUAGAGUUUCUAGGAGAUCAGAAGUUCCAGCCUUACAUUUCUAAAUUUUAAGCGUACACGCUGGACAGCACUUAGCGGAUGGCUCAAGCGAAUUAUCUGGGUUUCGUUACCACUUCAAUAAACUGGUCAGAGCAGGAUUACUAGUAGGAUGUAAUGAAAGCGAGCUUGCAGUAGCUGAAGGACGCUUGUAUCGAGUGUGACAAUGUCGGGCGAGCUGGAGCACAUGGCGGCGGGGACGGGCAAGGGCGAGGAGCGCAAGGAGGUGCAGCGGAAGAAGCAGGCCCGGUUCUCGGGGAACGACGACGCCGACG